AUGGACAUCAAGGUAAUACAAGCUCUGUUCUUGUUCGUUUGCUUUAUCUUAUCAUCUUUCCUUAUCAUCUCCACCACAAGAUCCAGACGGAGAUCUCAUCGGACCGCCGCGACGCCUCCAGGACCUCCACGACUACCCAUCAUCGGAAACAUUCACCUUGUCGGAAAGAACCCACACCGCUCAUUCUACGACCUUUCAAAAACUUAUGGACCUGUCAUGAGUCUUAAGCUUGGUUGUUUAAACUCAGUGGUUAUAACUUCACCAGAAGCUGCAAGAGAGGUUUUAAGAACACACGACCAAAUUUUGUCUGGUCGUAGCUCCGAUAACUCGAUACGGUCCAUCAAUCACCAAGAGCUUUCCGUUGUCUGGCUUCCUUCGUCCUCGCCGCGUUGGAGAUUGUUGAGAAAAUUGUUAGCGACUAAGGUCAUCUCGCCCCAGCGUAUCGAAGCAACAAAAGCUUUGAGAGUGAACAAAGUGAAGGAACUUGUGAGCUUCAUGAGUGAAAGCAGCGAGAGAGAAGAAGCUGUUGAUAUUUCUCGUGCAUCUUUCAUCACAACUCUUAAUAUCAUAUCGAACCUUUUGUUUUCGGUCGAUCUAGGUAGCUACGACUCGAAAAUGUCCAAUGGGUUUCAGGACACGGUGAUUGGUCUCAUGGAAGCUGUCGGAAAUCCAGACGCAGCUAACUAUUUUCCACUUCUUCGGUUUCUUGAUCUACAAGAUAAUAGAAAGAAGACGAAGGAGGGUUGCGAGAGGUUGUUUAGGGUUUUCCGUGGUUUUAUCGAUGCUAAAAUAGCAGAAAAAUCAACGCGGGAUAACCCUAAAGAUGUCACAAACAGCGAUGUCGUGGAUGCGCUUCUCGAUCUUAUUACCAAAGGAGAUGAAGCAGAGCUCAACACUAAUGUUAUUGAACACUUUCUCUUGGACUUGUUCACGGCAGGAACGGAUACGAGCUCUAGUACCCUAGAAUGGGCAAUGGCAGAGUUACUUAGUAACCCUAAAACGAUGGCGAAAGCUCAAGCCGAAAUCGAGCAUGUGAUAGGCCAAAACGGCGUCGUUCAAGAGUCUGAUAUAUCAGCACUACCGUAUUUACAAGCUGUUGUGAAGGAAACUUUCCGGUUACACCCGGCUGCUCCUCUACUCGUUCCGCGAAAAGCGGAAUCUGAUGCUGAGGUUCUUGGGUUCAUGGUGACUAAAGACACUCAAGUUCUUGUGAAUGUAUGGGCCAUUGGAAGAGAUCCGAACGUGUGGGAGAAUCCGAACAGGUUCGAGCCAGAGAGGUUUUUAGGGAAAGAAAUUGAUGUGAAAGGUAGAGAUUAUGAACUUACACCGUUUGGAGCCGGACGUAGAAUUUGUCCAGGAUUGACUUUAGCUCUGAAAACUGUCUCUCUCAUGCUUGCUUCUCUUCUUUAUUCCUUUGAUUGGAAGCUUCCAAUUGGUGUUGGUUCUAAGGAUUUGGACAUGGACGAGACUUUUGGUCUUACGUUACAUAAGACCAAUCCGUUACAUGCCAUUCCCGUCAAGAAACGCAUUAUUAAUUAG